GUUUCUUUCGAGAUGAGCGCUGCCAAAGAUGCCGGUGAUCAAAAUUUUGACUAUAUGUUUAAAAUCCUUAUUAUUGGAAAUUCAUCAGUUGGAAAAACGUCAUUUUUGGUUCGUUACGCCGAAGACAGCUUCACUUCGGCUUUUGUAUCGACUGUUGGAAUAGAUUUCAAAGUUAAGACUGUUUUCCGUCAAGAAAAAAGAGUCAAACUGCAGAUUUGGGAUACUGCUGGUCAAGAAAGGUAUCGCACUAUUACAACUGCGUAUUAUCGCGGCGCACUUGGAUUUAUCCUUAUGUAUGAUAUCACUAAUGAAGAUUCUUUCAAUGCUGUUAGAGACUGGGUGACACAAAUUAAAACUUAUUCCUGGGACAAUGCCCAAGUUGUUCUCGUCGGCAAUAAAUCGGAUCUCGGCGUUGAAAGACAAGUCACAACUGAAAGAGGACGUGCACUUGCUGACACUCUUGGCCUAAAAUUUUUUGAAACUUCGGCAAAAGACAAUGUCAAUGUCAAGGCUGUUUUCGACCUUAUGGUAGACAUAAUCUUGGAGAAAAUGGCAGAAUCUGCUGAUCAGGAUGGAGCGAUGUCUGGACAAGGAGCAUCUGGCGGUAAGUAA